UGAGACUUGUUCUGGGGAAUCCCCACGUUGGAUUUUCCAUCUUGCUUGUUGACGACCGACUGAUGAGCCGAUCUGACUGGUUUAUUUAGUUUUCUGGAUGUUUUGACAAGUUUCCGGGAAUGUACCAGUAUCUAAAGUAUCAACAGUGAGUGCAGUGACACCAGCAUGAGUGACCGAGAUGGAGACACGUCUGACUCGGUCGAGUAUGAAUUUGCCAUUGAAAAUGAUCCACACACAGUGUACCAAGUUAAAAAGAACAAAAAGAUGACCAAUGGCGAAACUUCUCUGAACAGCAUUACACAGAUGGUGCUUGAUGAUGACUCUGAGCCGCAUAUUGAGAUUGUAGAGCAACCGCAACCUCGUGGAUUUCGAUUUCGUUAUGAAUGUGAGGGUCCAUCUCACGGGGGUUUGCAAGGAGAGAAAAGUGAAAAGUACCGCAAGACUUACCCUGCUAUUAAGAUCAAGAACUACAAUGGGCCUGCCCGUGUUGUGGUAACCUUGGUAACAGAUGAGGUCAUCCCUCGCCCUCAUGCUCAUAAACUGGUGGGCAGAAACUGCAACGGGGGAACUUGUAUAGUGGAAUUAAAGGGCGGACAAAACUCUCUCACGUUUCCUAACCUGUGUGUCCAGCAUGUGACGCGGAGGAAGGCAUCAGAGGUGAUAGAACAGAGGAUCUUGGAGUCCAUUAAACUUGACAAACUUGUCAAACUCGGCGACCUCAAUGCCCAGGCAGACCUGACAAUGGAAGACAUCAAACAAGCUAAGACACAGUCGGAGAAGCUAGCCAAGGAAAUGCAGCUGAAUGUGGUGAAGUUAUGUUUCCAGGCCUACCUCCGAGAUGAGACUGGCUUGUUUAAUCGUCUGCUACCCUCCGUUCUCUCCAACCCAAUAUAUGAUAGCAAGUCACCAGGCGCCAACGCCCUCAAAAUCUGUCGCAUGGACAAAUAUGGAGGCUGUUGUACUGGCAAUGAGGAAGUGUUCUUGUUGUGUGAGAAAGUGCAGAAAGAUGACAUCUCAGUGAGAUUCGUGGAGCAAGAUGAGGAAGGAAAUGUGACGUGGGAAGCGUAUGGUACCUUUGGACCUUUUGAUGUUCACAGACAGUAUGCUAUUGUCUUCAAAACUCCACCAUACAAAGACCCAACAAUAGACAGAGCAGUGAAUGUGCUGAUUAUGUUACAACGCAAGUCGGAUUCGGAGAGCAGUGACCCCAAGUCUUUCACCUACUACCCUCAGAACAUCGAUAUGGAUGACAUUCGUAAGAAAAGAAAGAAGAUUUUGCCCAUAUACCCUGGGGGUGGCAACUUUGGCUCCGGGGGUGGUGACAAACAGCGGGGAGGCAGUGGCAGUUUCUUUGUCAAUGGAAACUCUAUGUCCGAAAGUCAAGGAAAUAUGCCCACAACUGUCAAUCAGGAUGAAGAAGCUCCUGCCUCUUCCAGCAGGCCUAUGGCUAAAGCAACGAGGCGUCAUCCACCAACACAACACAUUAACACUCAUCAGGAUUUGGAAACCGAUACACCACCGGCCAUCACACUGCCUUGUCCACCUCCAAGUCAGAUUGUUGGCCCUUACUUCACCAAUAGGCAGCUACCCCAACAACCCAUACCACAAACAACGCCCCUCGGUAUACCCCAAACCACAGUCUAUACCACACCUGUCGACACACGCAUGACCCCACCCCAAACCACAGUCUAUACCACACCUGUCGACACACGCAUGACCCCACCCCAAACCGUGUAUAUGCCCAAUACACACAACACUACUGUUCCACAAACCUUCGCCCAAAACACAUAUAUGGCUACCUCACUCAAUAAUCAGAUGGGGAUAUCCCAGAGUCAUCACAUGUUGAUACCUCAUACCCCACAGCAGGUGGCACAACUACCGACCAUGUACAGUACAAAUACCCAGUACCAGGGCCAGAUCUUAAUGGCUCCGACCAACCCGUAUAUGAACCCUAACCUAAUGACAAGAGGCUCAGAGAGAGACACUUCGCCUAUUACAAGCAUUCCAUUUACUGUCAAUGAAGACAAACACACACUAGAUAUAUAUUCAGAUCUUAUUCCACUGACUGUGAGCGGGGACGUUGGGACAUGUCCUCCUCAGAUUCCACUGACUGUCAGUGGACAUGACAUGGUUGAUGGUAUGAUCAAGAUGCAGAGUAAAUCGGGAGCAGGUCAACCUGUACAGCGUGUACGCAAAUCCCACAGCUAUCCAGCAGGUCACCCUCCUGUUCAUGUGUCUGUUCAAACUGAGGCAGACCAUGCUCUGAAGAUGGCAGAUAGAACGGCCAAGGCCAUACAGCUAUAUGCAGCUACGGGAGACAUUCGCCAGCUUCUCACCGUACAGAGGUACCUCACCUGUAUCGCAGACGAGGACGGAGAUAUACCACUGCACACCUGUAUCAUUAAUCACCAGCUUGAGGUGAUCCACAACUUGCUGGAUGUCAUGGAAACCUUGCCUAACGCCCAGUCUAAGAUAAAUGUCCACAAUAGGAGACUCCAGACACCAUUACAUCUUGCUGUGAUAACUGGCCAGGAGGGAGUGGUCGAUGCCCUGCUAAAGGCCGGGGCAGAGCCUACAGUGCUGGAUCGUCAUGGUAACACUGCGGCUCAUUUGGCUUCCCUUCACAAAAGAGACAAGUGUCUUGCAGCAAUGCUGAAAUACAUCCGACCACGGGUCAGCAGGCAGCUACCCUUCCCGGAACUCGACAUCAAGAACAUCGAUGGUUUGACUCCACUUCACAUCUCUGCCCAAAACCAGGACUUGACGUCCAUGAAGCUGUUGAUGAAGGGCAAGGCUGACGUGAACAUGGCCGACGGCAAAAGUGGUCGGUCGGCUAUCCACUAUGCAGCAGGCAAUGACGACCUUUCCAUUGCAGGCUGGCUACUUCUGGAGGCCAAAGCAGCUGUCAAUGCAACAUGUUUUGAUGGCAACACAGCACUUCAUGUGGCUUGUGGCCGACAAAACAUUGGUAUGGUAGCGCUCCUCAUGGCUGCCGGGGCUGAUCCAAAGAUUGAGAACAUGGACUACGACGAAGAGGGCUCGGAGAAUGAAAAUGAGGAUGAAAAGGACAAAGAUGAGAUGGUGACGAAGGACAAGUGUCCGCGAGGUCGUACAGCAGAGGAUUUUGCAAUGGACAAUGACAAGAUCCUGAAGGUGUUAUACGGUCACCCCUACACCAGUAUGAGCGAAAUACAUGAGGAGGCAGACAACAGGGCGUAUGAGCAGACAGCCGAGAUGUUCACCUCACUCUCCUUGGUGAAGGGUGAACAGGUGGAAAGUGGGCUCAGCAGUAUAGGACCGAUCACUGAGGGUGGUGAUAUGGCCAGCAUCACUUACCCGCAGAGGGUGAAGCUCUCACAACUCCUGGACCCAGCCAGGGAAGGGCAAGACUGGCGUGCACUAGCAGAUAAACUGGGCUUCAGCAAAAUCAUCUCGGGCAACCAAACAGGACACAGCCCAACCCGCCUCCUCUUCACUUACUAUGAGGAAUGUGGUGGAACUGUGAAGCGACUGAAAGAUGCUCUGACUGCUAUACACAGGACAGACGCAGUCAAACUCCUAUUUCACUCAGACUCUGUAAUCAAAGAUGCUCAGAGGGAGAAAAACAUAUCAUGUGAGGGCAACCUCAUAGACUCUGGACUGGAAUCACCAAGUGUGGCUCUCCAUACUUCAACAUAACAUCUCUCAUAGACAUCUAAGUCAUCUGUCAUACAAUAUAGGAACAUUAAUCAGUGCCGCUGUGUAUACAGGGCUUUCACCGACUGUAAAGGAAAGUGCUUGUUAUCAGUUGAUUGUCUGUGUAUGUUUGAAAAUACUUAUCUGAAGCAUGAGCUUGUGAAAGCUGUGUAUAUACAGUACAACAGUAACGUUUCACGCCUGAUGCUGUAUACAGUGACAUGCACGCUGGAUGCUGUAUACAGUGAUAUUUCAUGUUGGAUGCUGUAUACAGUGACGUUCUAUGCUGAAUGCUGUAUACAGUGAAGUUCCACGCUGAAUGCUGUAUACAGUGAAGUUCCAUGU